AUGUGGAAAACGAUUAAUAAACUUGCAGGACAAAAGUCAAAAACAACUUUAAUAUCGGAAAUCCAACAUGACAACCAAAAUGUGACAAAACCAGAGGAGAUCGCAAAUAGCUUAAACGCGCAUCUCAAUGAGGUAGCAUCAAACCUAGCAAAAGACAUUCCACAAAGUUCCAAGACGGCAGAGUCUUACUUAACCUCAUCCAACGCACGGUUUGAUAUUCAAAACGUCUUAUUAACAAAAGUAUUUAAAUUGCUUUCGACGAUAAAAACAUCCAAGUCAGCAGGCCAUGAUAGAAUAUCCGGCAAACUUCUGAAAGAUGCGGCUGAAGUUAUAGCACCCACAUUAACAGCCAUAUUUAAUGCAUCUAUAAAUGCGGGUGUAUUUCCUGAUGACUUUAAAACUGCAAUCAUUUCAUCCAUUCAUAAGUCUGGAAGUAAAACAAAUUGCGAUAAUCAUCGCCCAAUCUCUGUUCUAUCACCAGUUUCUAAAAUAUUUGAGAAAUUAAUUAUCGAACAGCUUGAAACGUAUCUGGAAUCUAACGGCAUACUUACGGAACAGCAAGCAGGAUUCAGAAAAAACCAUUCCACAGAAACCUCCCUACUUAACAUUACAAACCAAUGGUUAAUGAAUAUGGACAAGGGUUGUUUGAACGGUGUUAUUUUUCUGGAUUUCAAAAAAGCGUUUGACUGCGUUGACCGCCAUAUAUUAAUUAAGAAAAUACAUAUCUAUGGAAUAAGAGGACAUACACUUGCAUGGUUUCAAUCUUAUCUUACAAAUAGGACUCAAAUCUGCAAAGUCAACCAAGCAAUGUCUGAGGCAAGGACUGUUAAGUGUGGCAUACUUCAAG